AAGCUUCAACCAAAAUAUCAAAGCUUUGUACGAACAGCUCUAGAUCUGCAGGGGUCUAAAAGUGUUGGAUGCUUGUUAAAAUUCAAAUUUCGAAAAUAAAUUAAAAAUGGAGCAAUGGAAAACAAAUGUACUGUGAUCUCGAACGAGCGACUGGCAUUCAUCUUUUUUCAAGUGGCCAGGCGAGCGCGAUGCGAUGGACUCCGAAACGGCUUCGUCCGCAGAUGAACAUCAAGCGUUUGGUUCAGCAGCAGCUGAUACCAGAGGCAAACAUCGGAUUCUUGCUGAACUCAAGCGUGUCCAACAAGAAUCCAAGUUCCUUGAGGAAGAGGUGGAAGAGCUUGAUAGAACAGAUAAUGUUUCAACAUUGUGUGAAGAUAUGCUGCUUCGUACGGUGAACAGACCAGAUCCACUCCUUCCAUUAACAAAUGGUCCUAUAAACCCAUCGUGGGAUAGAUGGUUCGAAGGGCCACAAGACUUGCCAGGUUGCCGAUGCUGGAUGCUCUGAUCUGAUACAAUCUAACAUGUGUUGACAACAUAUGCCACAUGCUAACAUGUGACUGCUCAAUUGUUAACAAAUAUUCA